AUGCCUUCGGUGACGGUGACGUCAUCAUUUCUGAUAUUCUCUUUACUAACCGCCUUUGCUGAAGUUACCGUGCUAGAGCUACCCGAAGGGCCUUCAAAUUGGACAGAUGAACAGGAGAUGCGUGCCCGAAUUGCCAAUUACACGGCCGAGAAGUUCUCUCAUAACUAUCACAGAUGGAACCUGAUUGCGAUGCCAGUGAACUCGACAACGAGACGUUCACGGCAGAAACGCGAUGGCGGACUUGUUUCUGGCCCGAUUGCCACGGCCGUAGUCACGGGAAUGAUCGGAAUGACAGCCCGAACUGUGUCAGAGCUGACCAAUUUUCAUCCAUCACAAUCCGAAGGAGGCUGUACGUGGUUUGGUACAGCCCCGUUAUGUAACUGGCCGUGCCCUUCCGAAUAUGACUUCAUUCGCAUGCAUAAUGGACGAUGUUCCAACAUGUGGUUCAGCGGUUUUUGUGUGCCUGACGAUAGCUUCGGGAAGCCGUGUUCAACAAUUCUUGGAAGCUACUUCUAUAAGCGUUUCUGCUGCAAG